CGCGUUUAGCAACACCCGUCUCUUUAGUGUGAAUCGUACAGACAUGUCUACAGGUCAUCAAAGAGAUCCCGUUCUAUACGUACUUUACGCAAGUCCAGCUGUGCGAAGUGUGCUGGUCACCGCCAAAAUUCUAAACUUGAAGUUAGAUGAACGAGAGGUGGAUUUCCUGAAGGGCGAACACCUAAAACCGGAAUACCUCAAGCUAAAUCCCCUGCACACGAUGCCCACCUUAAACGACAACGGAAACGUUAUUAACGAUAGUCAUGCUAUCAACACGUAUCUGGUCGGAAAGUAUGGACAGGACGACUCACUUUACCCCAAGGGCCUCUACCAACGCGCCCUCGUUGAUCAAAAACUAGCGUUUAACUUGGGAAAAUUGUAUCCCAUCUUGGUCUCCGUUGAUUACGCAUACAUGAAGGGGGAGAUCAAGGCGAUUCCGUCCGAGGAUAUUGAGAGGAUCAGGACCCUCUACGAUUUUUUGGAAGCGUUUCUGGAGAAUUCCGAUUGGAUUUCCCUGGGCACGUUUAGCUUGGCCGACAUACAUUGCUACACAACUAUCAGCUGCAUGAACUUUCACGUUACUUUAGACGAAAAGAUCUACCCUAAGAGUUACGGGUGGAUGAUGCGUUGUCGCAGUUUGCCAUGUUUUAGCGAUGAUCACGAGAGGGUAAAAUUGUUUGAGGACUAUUUUAAAAGUUUUCAAGAAUAAUUUGAAUGGAUUGUGGCCAUUUUCACCAUUGCUCAUUGUAAAAUGUUUCGUUUUUGAAUUAGAGUUAGGAUAACAAUCAUGUUGGCCCCAUGUAAUUGAGACUCCUAUGUUCUCUUGGGAUUCAGGGCUGCUAACAAAGCAAGUUGCUACGUUUCUCCUAUAAUUUAGUUAAAUUUGAACAUUAGUGUACCUAUAUACAUAUAAUUUAAAUUCUGAUUGUAUACCUAUUGUAAUAUUUAUCGAUUUUAUACAUGCAUUAAAUAUUAAAGCAAAAGUCAAUAGCAA